GGUGGGCGACCCGCAGAGGCGUCUGGAAGGCCCGCGUCGUUAGGGAGCGUAGGAGCGGCGUUCCUGGUUACGGGGUCGGGCAAAGGGCAAAGGUCAGCCUCCGGGGUGGAGAGCACCUCCUUUGGGCCAUGGCCGCAUCUGGGGAACCCGGCCGGCAGUGGCAGGAGGAGGUGGCGGCGGUGGUAGUGGUGGGCUCCUGCAUGACCGACCUGGUCAGUCUUACUUCUCGUUUGCCCAAAACUGGAGAAACCAUCCAUGGACAUAAGUUUUUUAUUGGCUUCGGAGGGAAAGGUGCCAACCAGUGUGUCCAAGCUGCCAGGCUUGGAGCAAAGACAUCCAUGGUAUGCAAGGUUGGCAAAGAUUCUUUUGGCAAUGAUUAUAUAGAAAACUUAAAACAGAACGAUAUUACUACAGAAUUUGCAUAUCAGACUCAAGAUGCUGCUACAGGAACUGCGUCUAUAAUUGUCAAUAACGAAGGCCAGAACAUCAUUGUUAUAGUGGCUGGAGCCAAUUUACUUUUGAAUACCGAAGACCUGAAGAAAGCAGCCAGGAGCAUUAGCAGAGCCAAAGUAAUGAUCUGCCAGUUAGAAAUAACUCCAGAAACGUCUUUGGAAGCCCUGAUGAUGGCCCACAGCAAUGGAGUGAAAACAUUGUUCAACCCAGCUCCGGCGGUUGCUGACCUGGACCCUCGCUUCUACACCCUCUCAGAUGUGUUCUGCUGCAACGAAACUGAGGCUGAGAUCCUAACUGGCCUGAAGGUCCACAGCCCUGCAGACGCCUCGCGGGCCGCUCAGUUGCUCAAGGGAAGGGGCUGCCACGUGGUUAUCGUCACCUUAGGCGCUGAAGGGUGUGUGACGCUGUCAGAGACAGAACCCACGCCAAAGCACAUUCCCACUGAGAAAGUCAAGGCUGUGGAUACCACGGGUGCUGGUGACAGUUUCGUGGGGGCUUUGGCCUUCUACCUGGCUUACUACCCAAAUCUGCCCUUGGAAGAAAUGCUCAAGAGAUCCAAUUCCAUCGCAGCUGUCAGUGUCCAGUCUGCAGGAACACAGUCAUCUUAUCCAUACAAAAAAGACCUGCCACUUGAUCUGUUUUGAUUGCUACUAACCCUAAAAUAAAUGUACCUGGAAAUAAAAUGGACUGGUGAGAGGGAGGUGGCCUCUCUCAGCCAGCAACUUACUAUAAAAGAUCCUCUUCUCCUUUCUUUGCAAAUAUGUUCAUUUCUGAAGUCAUUCUCAGCCUUUCAUUUACUUUUUUAUAAUGAUGAUUUCUUCACUUUUCGUGUAUUUGCAAGAGCCAACCAAAA